UUUAGCUAGUAUACGGGAUAUAUGACGGAUAUCGUUUUUGUCCUGUCUUCGUAGGAAUCGCCAGCUGCCGCACACACGUUGCCUCACUUGUUUUUGCUUACGGCCGCAUGGAGAUAUGUAGUAAUGGUGCAAACAUGCAAGGCCUGCGUGCAUGGCUCCAGUUCCUGCGCAUUGAGAAGUACUAUGAACAACUCCAUGCCAUGGGUCUUGACGCCCGCUCCUUAGCGCAGCUAAGCGAUGCGGAUUUGGCAGCUCUUGGUCUGCCUCUCGGACCCCGCAAGAAGAUUAGGCUUAACGCGGGCCUCAUGAUGCAGUGCGAUGACGGCAACAUCGCCAUAAAAGUGGGGACACAACAAGGCAGGCAAGCGGAGAGCCCCGCCGCAGACCAUCCAGGUGCAACGGCAGGGAACAACGUACCGGUAUUGGACCCUUUGGGUGACGGCACAACCCUUUCACGGCUUCCACGGCCGCCAACAACAGCAGGACGUCCUGUGUCGUCACAGCCACCCUUCCCACGGCAGCAGCCAGAGCAGCAGCAGGUGGACAGACAGGGUCCGCAGCAUUCGCGCGCCUUGCCAGCCGCCGCAACAAUCACCUCUCUGCCACUGCAGGGCCCAGCUGUACACACCGGCCAGCCGUCCCCUCACAGCGCAGCAGGGUGCCAAGCAGCAGCUGUUCGCUCCAGCUGUGGUCCGCUCGCAUACCCACACCACAUAGAUCCGCCUCGCCCUCUGCCACCGCAGCACUCCAGGCCGCGGCCUAGCGCCUCCGCGGCAUUGAAUACAACCGAUUGCUGUGGUACCAGGCCCUUACUUGCAUCGUCGUCCUCCACAGCCCAAGACACAGGUCACGCCCGGGAGCCCCCUCCACCAGGUGCUGUCAGUGGCUGCGUGCAGGCAGCUGCUGCGGGCCGCCCAGGUAAGCUGCCGCCAAGCCACCCACCUGCUUCCAACCCGGAGAUAACGGCGGGAGGCAAGAUCGAGGAUUCAAGGAGUCGCCCUAGCAGUUGCAUGGGCGCGAGCAAUGCGGAUUGCUCAUCCGCUGCUGCGAGGACGAUGUCCGAGGCCGAGCGCAUAGCCCUUGCAGUGUUGUACCCCCCAUGCGGCGCCCCUGGCAAACACCCUGGCGCAUGUACGGCUGCGCCGCCGGGUGUUGAAGCCGCUGGCAGGAAAGUCGGUGACCUCGUGGCCAAGGUCGCCCCUCCUAAUGGCAGCUAUCAGCUGCAGGGCGGCUUGGGGUUGGGGGGCUAUCGCAGCCGCGUGCUCAAGCGCACUCGCUCAUGGGAUGGCAGUACACGCCAGGAUACAGGUAGCGGGUAUGCGGAGCGCACCGACAGCGUCAUCCGGCCUCAGGAGCAGCAGGCACAGCUAGAGCCAUCGAGGCGGCAGCUCAGCUGCCAAGUGGCGGCAGCAGGGUGGCGCGGGCCAGGACUGUACGCUGCAGCCGCUUCCCCGUUGCCUGUAGACUGCAGCUUCCGCCCAAUCAGGCAAGCGGCCGCUCAGGCACUGCAGCAACAACAUCAAGCGGUUGCGACUGCGGCCGAGAGUCCCCGUGCACACGGAGAGCCUGAAGUUAUAGCUUCUGCCCAGCAGCAGCCCUCAACGGUGGCGACGGCCAGGCCGGCAGCGAGCGACCCCUGCGGCACGUCGCUGCUAGAUGACCCGCGCAAUUACGAAACACCAGAGCUUCUGGAGCAGCUUCUGUACGACGAUGACGCCGCGCCAGGGGCUGCUAUCGCUGCGACCGCCAACGCACCUGCUGGAAGCGUCCGAACCGGCGACGCUGCCAACACAGUUCCCAGUGGCGCAACAGACCUUGCGGCCAUGGGCGGAUCCGGGCGAGGGACGGGCGAGGUGUACGAUGAACCUGGGGCCGCUACAGCUGCCGGCACCCGUGGGCCAGCAGAUAGCACAGUAUCACGGGAGCAGCGGCUGGCACGACUGCAGGCGUUACGUGAGGAGGUUGCGGCGACGGAGCGGUUGCUGGUGUCGUUGCGGCGCAUGGUGGCGGAGGAGGAGGCCGCGCUGAACGCGGGCAAUGGUAGUAACAGGGGCAGCGGACGUGGAGCGCUACCUGCCGCGAUGGGAGAAGCGGCGGCGCUACCGAUGCAAGGAAGUGCCAGCGGGGCGGUGAGGCUGCCUCAACCGGAGCCCCACAUGCAGCGACGCAACCAUGUACAGCAGCAGGGUCCUCAGCAGCGGCUGCAGCAGCAGCAACGCCUAGGCCAGCAGACGCCUUUAGCGGCGAUGGGGCAGACAAUGGGAGCGCUAGCGGCAGUGGGCGGCGCUCGUGGUGGCAGACAUGGCGGCUGGGCCGACCCUGGCAUGGCGCCGGUCUUGGAGCAGCGCAACGGUGGCCGCGGUGAGGGUGACUGCCCUGAUGAUGUUGAUGAGCAGCCGACACAGCAAUGGGAUUCGGGUGUGCUUACCGUGUUCUGAGGAGUAGCGGCGAGGUUCGGCUACAUGCGUGCGCGUAUCGGCUUGGGCCAGAGCGAUUGCAUACACGAGAUAAUACCAUGAUAUGGCAGGAUGCAUGCGUUGCUGUCAUAAAGGAGAGCAACAACAGUUCAAAUGAGGUCUUAAGCUUUACAAUCAACCUGAAGACGUGGGAGCAUGUCCUGCUCAUGUUGGUCAUUAACUUAGCGGCAACGUGACCUGGCCCCAUCCAUCCUGCCAUUCUCACAAAAUAAGGCAUGCGUGCAUGCCGCAACCCUAGACUAGGCGCAGUUAAUGUCCUUAUCACCCAGCUUACGACUCUGCCCUGCAAUUUGCC